UAAAGGAGGAGGGGCGGUCAGCAAAUCAGGAGGCAGGCUGGGCACGUCACAGGCCCGGGCGUUCCCUUUUGGCUGUCACAGGAGGAAUGAGAAGGUUUAUUGAGUUUCCCUGCAGUGUCUGCCUGCGGAGUGCUGCUGGGGCUGAGUGCUGGGACUGAGAGUUGAGUGCAGCCACAGAGAGGGGAUACUACUCUCAAAAAGGGAUCUGGGCCAGGAAGGGGACUCGCGUCUGCUCCCCUACACAAACAUGUCUUCCCCGAGGAGAAUUAAGGAGGAUUUAAGCUCAGAUGAAGAGUGCUCCGUGCAUCCCAUCCCAUCUGACGAUCACAAGAUCAAGGUUUCCAGCCUACCAUUCAGCGUGGAAGCACUCAUGGCUGAUAAGAGGAUGCCUAAGGAGGUGUCCCAUCUACGUGGCUUGGAGCUCCCCGCAGCCAGUGGACCUUCAAGGCACCUGCACUUGGGGAUCGGGAGCAGAGAAAGUCCCAGCCCUCCUGGGCUUACCAAAAACUUUGAAACUUCGUCUGUGAAAUCGGAAAACUCCGAAGAUGGGGCAGCUUGGGCAAAAGAAGGUGGCAGCUAUUCCCCCCCACCAAGACGCCUCAGCCCUUCCACCUGCACCCUGAGGAAGCAUAAGACCAACAGAAAGCCCAGAACUCCAUUCACUACAUCGCAGUUGCUGGCUCUGGAGCGUAAAUUUCGCCAAAAGCAAUACCUCUCCAUAGCAGAAAGGGCUGAGUUUUCCAGCUCACUCAACCUAACAGAGACCCAGGUUAAAAUUUGGUUCCAGAACCGUAGGGCUAAAGCCAAAAGACUGCAGGAAGCCGAACUAGAAAAGCUCAAAAUGGCAGCAAAACCAAUGCUGCCCCAUGGCUUUAGUAUACCCUUCCCCAUUAAUUCUCCUAUCCCAACUGCAUCAUUGUAUGGAUCGUCCUAUCAACUACACAGACCGGUUCUUCCCAUCCCACCUGUAGGACUCUACGCUACGCCUGUUGGAUACAGCAUGUAUCACUUUUCUUGAGACGAUUCUAAGCACAAGGAUAUGAACUAUUCUACAAAGUACUUGAUGGGUAAUAUGUACGCCCAAACUUGCACAAAGGCUGAGACUGUGCUGGUCGCUCUGUGGAUUUACCUUUUCAAUAGACCCUGAAUUCAGAAGUGCCUUAUAGCCUGCGCUGUUGGAUACUGAAAGACACUGUAGGCAAAAAGGGUCAUCAACAUUAUUGCCCAAAUAGUAGUAUUAUUUUUUUCAGUUUGUGCCUAAUCAUUUAUUUAUAAUUUGGAUGUAUCGAUCUUAACAUUAAAUCUGCAUUUGCCUUAAACUAUAAAGGAAGCUGGUGUAAAAAUGUACAUAGAAAACACAGUCCAAGAAUUAACCAAAGAGUGGACUUUUUAAUGCCUGUAAUCACGGAAAAGGUGCCGAAUCUGAAACCUCAGCAUCACACAUAAGCAAUACCUGGUACAAAACUGGUAGAACAAUAGGUGUCCCUUACAAUGCCCUGUAUAAUGGGUUCCAGUCUUCAAGGGGAGCCUCGUAUAUGUGAAUUGUAUGUUUGUAGUACAAUGCCUUUAUUAACAAAAACCUCUUUUAUAUAUAUAUAACUAGAAAAAGAAGAUAUAGGUCAGGUUAAAAUGUUUAAUCAAACCUAUAUAUGUGCCUUAGCAAUGAAUCCUGCCACCUCAACUCAACAGUAGAACUUUAUUUCAACACAUCAUUAUAAUAAAAUUUCGUAUGUAUGAUUUACAAUAGCAAACUCCAUAAUGUAGCACAAAGUCUUUACUAGAGGGUUAAUUUCAUAUUUUUGUUCUACCUAAACUUUUUAUCGAUUACAUCAGUGAUUACUUUAAUCGCUAAGCCAUUUUCAAAGUAUAUCUUCAAGUCUUUCAGAAAUAAAAAUGAACAAUUUCUGCAUGAAAUUAAUCAGAUGUUUGUUUUUUAGAACCUGUUAUGCAAAAUUUGAUUUGUUUUAUUGCUGAUACACAUGAACCACUGAUCACCUGUUAAUUUUUAUUUCAAUAUUAUCAUCCCUUUGAAAGGGUCGUCGUGUAAAAUGGUAUAUAUUUUA